CGGGCGGCGGGACGGGCUCCGCGCCGCGCAUAGGGCGCUGAAAGCGGCCGUGGGAGCGUAGCGGAGGCUGCACUGGGCCGGGGAACCUGGACCCUCCCUUAGCAUCCUCGCAGCGCAGCGCCGGGCGGAGGCACCACUCUCAUCCCUCGGCAAAGGCGGCGGAGAGGAGGAGGAAGAGGAGAAAGAUGAGCCGCGCGGUGCUGGCCUGGUUGGCGCUCUGCGGGAGCCUGGCGGCGCCGCGCCCCGCCCGAGCAGAUGUGUGUGACUCCAACCCCUGCCAGAAUGGUGGCAUCUGUCUAUCAGGGCUGAGUGAUGAUUUCUACUCCUGUGAGUGUCCUGAGGGUUUCACAGACCCGAACUGCUCUAGCCUUGUGGAGGUUGCCUCAAUUGAAGAGGAACCAACCUCAUCAGGACCCUGCAUUCCUAAUCCAUGUCAUAAUGGUGGGAUAUGUGAAAUUAGUGAAGCAUACCGAGGCGACACAUUCAUAGGAUAUGUUUGUAAAUGUCCAGAGGGAUUUAAUGGGAUUCACUGCCAGCACAAUGUCAAUGAAUGUGAAUCUGAACCCUGCAAGAAUGGCGGAAUCUGUACAGAUCUUGUUGCCAACUAUUCCUGUGAAUGCCCAGGUGAAUUUAUGGGAAGAAACUGUCAACAGAGAUGCUCUGGCCCGCUAGGGAUAGAAGGAGGGAUUGUGUCAAACCAACAAAUCACUGCAUCAUCCACCCAUCGAGCUCUUUUUGGCCUCCAGAAAUGGUACCCAUACUAUGCACGGCUUAAUAAGAAGGGUCUUGUGAAUGCCUGGACUGCUGCAGAGAAUGACAGAUGGCCAUGGAUUCAGAUAAACCUGCAGAAGAAGAUGCGAGUCACUGGAGUUAUAACUCAAGGUGCCAAGAGGCUUGGGAGUCCAGAAUACGUAAAAUCUUAUAAAAUUGCAUACAGUAAUGAUGGGAAUUCUUGGACAAUGUACAAAGUAAAAGGCACAAAGGAAGAUAUGGUGUUCCGUGGGAAUGUGGACAACAACACCCCUUACACCAACUCCUUCACCCCACCCAUCAAGUCCCAGUACAUUCGGCUGUACCCUCAGGUGUGCAGGAGGCACUGCACACUGAGAAUGGAGCUCCUGGGCUGUGAACUCACAGGUUGCUCUGAGCCCCUAGGGAUGAAAUCAGGACACAUACAGGACUUUCAAAUCACUGCCUCCAGUGUUUUCCGUACGCUCAACAUGGACAUGUUUGCUUGGGAGCCCAGGAAGGCCCGGCUGGACAAGCAAGGCAAGGUUAAUGCCUGGACCUCAGGCCACAACGACCAGUCACAGUGGCUGCAGGUCGACCUGCUCGUCCCUACAAAAAUCACUGGGAUCAUUACCCAGGGAGCUAAAGAUUUCGGUCAUGUCCAGUUUGUGGGGUCCUACAAGCUUGCCUACAGCAAUGAUGGGGAGCACUGGAAAAUAUACCAAGAUGAGAAGCAGAAGAAGGAUAAGGUGUUCCAGGGGAACUUUGACAAUGACACACACCGCAAGAACGUCAUCGACCCACCGAUCCAUGCGCGGCACGUGCGGAUCCUGCCUUGGUCAUGGUACGGCCGGAUCACACUGCGGUCAGAGCUGCUGGGCUGCACAGCUGAGAACUGAGAGGGUCCCACUGCCACCGAGGGUCCCUCUGUGGAGGAAACAGUGCAAAGCCUGUAGGAUGCUGAGUCGGUGUUCCAUGAACCAAGUGCUCGCUCAUUUUAUGGUAGGCCGCUAACUGUCUUUCGCACGGAGGUCUAAGCCUGCCCUUUAAGUGAUCCAAUCCAAUUUUGUCCUUGAAAUCUGUUAGUCUUAUCCCUUCUGCUGUGGAAUUAUCCUCCUAGUUUUCCUUUGAGUUGUUCACACCAGUUGAAAUGUAUUAAGGG